AUGCCCACGUCUACCAUGUCGGACGAUCUUUUGGUGGGUGACAUUUUCACUCCCCAGGCCGACAACACGCAGCUCUCCUUCGCCAAUGUUGCAGCGGAUUUGGAUGCUGCAGGAGGUCCAUCGGGUGAUGGCCAGCCAUUGACACGCAAUCUGGCCAUUGGCGAAGUUGCAAAGGCAGGCAAGAUGAUGCACCCGCCAGCUUUCCAUCCAGAUUUGUUGUCGGGCAAGCAGCGGCGCAAAGCCAAAAAGAAGAAGCAUGCUGCUUCGGCGGAUCCUGCGCCCUCUACCGUUCGCGGAUUUACCCCGCUGGCGUCUACUGAUGAGGAUUCGGACUUUUCUGCCACCAGCUCUCGCGCGCCUGAAUCGCGCCCAGCAGAAUCAAUUGGUGGAGCAAGCCCCCGCGCGCAGCCAAAUACAGCCCAUGGAGUCAGUGCACUGAAGCUCCAGUUGGACUCGCUGAGCCUUUCUGGGAAGUCGAGUUCGAAGUUUCGAGCCUAUUGCUCUGCCACUCCCAGCAAUGCCAGUGUGUGCUCCGACAGUGACCAAACCGAGAUUCUCACCAGCUACGAGGUGCCCCUUGAGCAUGACUUUGUCAGUGCGGACGCUGCCCAGGAGGAGCCUUCUGCUAGCGCGAGCCCUGUUGCCGCCACCAAUGGCUCAGAUCUGAAGAGUCAGCUCUGUCGGAAGAUGACUGCCGCGGACUUUGAGCCUUUGCUCUGUCUCGGCAAGGGAUCCUUUGGAACCGUUUUGCUGGUUCGACAUGUCCUGACUGGCAAACUCUAUGCGCAAAAGCAGUUCAAGAAGGCUUCGAUCACCGUUCACAAGAAGCUCGUGGAGCAGACCAAGACCGAGCGCAUGGUCUUGGAAAGUGUCAGUCGUCAUCCAUUUGUCGUCAAGCUUUUCUACGCAUUUCAGGAUCACGAGAAACUGUACUUGAUCCUGGAGUAUGCUCAGGGCGGUGAGCUUUUCCAUCAUCUUGCCAUGGAGCGUAUGUUUGAAGAAGACGCUGCAGCCUUCUACAUGGCUGAGAUGGUCCUUGCCCUGGAGCACUUGCACCAGAACGUUGGUGUGCUGUACCGGGAUCUCAAGCCCGAGAACUGUCUUCUGGACCACGAGGGUCACCUGCUUCUUACCGACUUUGGACUGAGCAAAAUCGCGGUGAAUGACGACGACCGAUGCAAUUCCUCCCUAGGAACCAUUGAUUACAUGGCCCCUGAAGUGGUCCAGGGGAAGCCGUAUGGCAAAGCAUGCGACUGGUGGUCUUUGGGUGCACUCGGUUUUGAUCUGUUGACCGGCUCGCCUCCUUUCCGCGCCAACAAUCACGCCAAAAUGCAAGAGAAGAUCGUGAAGCAGAAACUCGUCUUGCCCUAUUAUCUCGGACCAGACGCCAAGGACCUGCUCACCCGACUUCUUCGCAAAGAUCCCGCCAAGCGACUUGGCUACCACAUGCCCAAGGACCUGCAAACAAUCAAGAAGCACCGGUUCUUCCGCAAGAUCGACUGGGCGGCUCUCGAGCGCCGGGAGCUCACCCCACCUAUCCAGCCCGUGGUCACCGAUCCUGCCCUGGCGGAGAAUUUCUCGGCCGACUUCACUCAGGUUCCGCUCAGCCCAGCCGUCAACGGUGGAUUUGACGACCUGUACGCCAAAGGUCAAUCCUGCAUGUCCACCAGUAUCAAAGCUCAUGCAUCCGGCGAUGGCGAUCCCUUUGGCGGCUUCAGCUACGUCGCCUCGAGCAGCUUGUUUGAUCAUAGUGCAGGAAUGAUGACUGCAGGGUUUUAG